UGUAGUCAUAGUCGUAGUUUGGAGCUCUCGCCGAACCUCCAUAGGAGUUGGAGUAACUUAAUUUAGUUUUCAUUCCCAAAACCAUCAAUCAAACACCCUCGUUCGAACUUUGUUUGAAGAGGUUUAAGUUGUGUCUUAGUAAUCGUUGUCCAAAAAAGUCAAAGUUGCAAUCAAUCUCAAUUCAACGCAAGUUUUCUCGCCGGAAAACAGAAAGGGAAUGAAUUAAUCACGACUUUUUACGGCGGGAUUAGUGAGGCACAAAGACUUGUGGUAGAGGACGAGGAAUUAUAUUUUAACGUAAAGCGAAAUCCCACCGACAGAACAUAGGGAUGUAAGUUUGUCCUUACAAACACACUGACCCGUCCCGACCUUAUAAAGGUCGGGACGGGUCGGGACAACUUAAGGACACGUCACUUACCACAUAUCCCAUACCACAUUGGACCUCUUUGUAAAAAAUUUCAAAGUUUAGGUACUAAAUUGCAAAAAUAAAAAGUUUUGGACCAAAAUGUGAUUUUACCAUCAAAAUUUAAGGACUCAUUUGUAAAAGAAAAAUUAGGUACUAAAUUGUAAGAAAAAAUAAUUUUGAGUACCAAAACAUAAUUUAUAAAAAAAAGUUGAGUCUAGUGUGUAAAUUAGGGCCGACCCACUGACUUGACCUGUCUCGACCCGUCUCAUUCCUUAGGGGUCAUUUGGAUGCAGGUUUUGGGUGUGGGAUUUGGGCACAAUCCCACAUAGUGUUAAAAUCACUCAUUUGGAAAGUAAUUAUAUGAUAGGAGAUUUUAAAUAUUAGAGAUUUCAAAAACCCACAAUUGUGGGAUUGUAAAAUAGCUGAUGGUCAUCAGCUAUUUUAAAAUUCCACACAAAUCCCACAAAUUAAAAACCUGCAUCCAAAUGACCCCUUAAAGGUCAGACAGGGUCAAACAAGAGACAAAAAUGAGACGAGACAGUUAUACAUCUUAACCCUUCAAAUACCAAUUAGAACGAACAUGACAAGUCCUAAGAGAACCCACUUGGAUUGGAUGUGAAGCUGGAGAUUUCAGCCGACUACGGACGAAAUGGACGUCACCCUCCCUCCUCCUCCUCCGAGCAACAACUAAGUCCUAUUAACACUCCGUCGCCAUUGUUAAAUUAAUCACCGAAUAUCUUCCUUUUUUUCUCUAUCUUUUUAUUUUUUUGGGUUGUUGACAGACACGGAAAUAAACGUUAACGACCUGGACCUUCCCUCAGACCCUCACCUCCCUUUCCAUCCUGCUAAUUAUUAUAUCACUCUCACUCUCGCCUCUCCCACGCAAAUAGAAAACCCAUCCUCAACCUCUGAGAUCUAUUCUCACACCUACACCCACACACUCCCUCGCCCUCUCUCUUUUUAUGUUCCUUCUUGUUACACAAUAGAGCGAGCGCCUGACCCAGAUCUCCUCUGGGCUGCUCUUUCUCGUUGCUGAUUCGUUCCUUCAUUCCCAGUAAGCUCCAAGCUUUCCUUCUUGUUUUAGCCACCUAUUGUUUCAUUUAAUUGGAAUCCGGAGUAGACUCGUGUGUCGCGGAUCUGAUUUGAGAAAUUCCCAUCUGGGUUUGGUUCUAAUCAUGGGUUGGAUUCGCUUUCGUAUUUAAGGUUGUGGGAAUUGGGGGAUUUGGUGGUUUCAAUGCGAGUAUGAGUAAUGAGCUUUCUUCUGGUUCAGAUCUAAAGACGCUUUACUUCGUCUUUGAUUGGCUAUUAAAGAUGCCAUUGUCCUUUCUUCGUGUGUGUGAAGUUCUUGAUUGCCAGGCCACCCCUGGGUUUUAAUCAAUUCCCCUGUGAAAACAUGUUUGCCAUUUUUUGGUGUUCUUAUUACUGAAUUGGCUGGAUCAGUGUUUUAAUUAAUUGCUUGCUCUGUCUGUGUGUUAAUUUUCCUGUAUCGAAUUGGGGUAGUUAAGUUUUGUGCGCAGUAAGUCUCCCUCCAUUGCUUAUCGACCGCACAUUGCUUCAUUGGUUUUGUGAUGAGAGCCACGGAUCUCAGUCUUGGGAUACAAGUUGUACUUUUGUGUUGAUACUUAGUCGUCAUACUUAUGCUAAUAAUUUAAUUUAUGUUCUGCUAGAUGGCUAAGCCGGAAGCUUUCAUUUGUUUAUUAUGAGCUCUAUAGUUGACAUAUGUCUGCAAAUGCUUCUUCCUUCCCUCACUUGGCUUCUUUGCUUUUUUUUUCUUUUUUUUUUUUUAGUGCGAUCAGCUUCCUUAAUGUUUACAAUUCUGUUUUUCUUUUGGUUCUUCUUUAUCACAGGUCUUGCUGCAGGGUCUGCUAAAUAUAAGUUUACCCCAGUUUAUUGGGAUACUGAUUUGAACCUAACAGCUUCAGACCAGUAAGAUCUGCAUUAUGAUCUGAGUGACCUAACAAAUAGUCAACAGAGUCAGCUAGAUUGAAGAUCUCAUUAAGUAGGUAUAACAAUGAGAGGAAGACCAGAUGGUGCACAGAAGAAGCGUUUGAUAACGUCUGUCUGUGUUAUAGCUGUCUUCCUUGGAUUUAUAUACUUCUACUAUGGAUCCGUAUUUGGUUCUCAAGGCCGUGGGGCAUCUGCUCUAGAAUAUGGAAGCAAAUCCUUGCGGAAACUGGGCUCGUCUUAUCUUGGCGGGGAUGAUGAGUCGGACAAAGAGGAUGGAACGAAAUUUGGCCUAGAAGAAGGAGAGGAUGAUAGUGUCCCGAAAAGCUUCCCGGUUUGUGAUGACCGGCAUUCAGAACUGAUUCCAUGCUUAGACAGGAAUCUUAUAUAUCAGAUGAGACUGAAGCUGGACUUGUCUGUAAUGGAGCAUUAUGAGCGUCAUUGCCCUCCUGCUGAAAGGAGGUUCAAUUGCUUGAUUCCUCCUCCACCAGGGUACAAGAUCCCCAUCAAGUGGCCAAAAAGUAGGGAUGAAGUGUGGAAAGCGAACAUUCCUCAUACCCAUCUUGCACAUGAAAAGUCUGAUCAGAACUGGAUGGUUGUAAAAGGCGAUAAGAUAGUAUUUCCUGGCGGAGGUACUCAUUUCCACUAUGGAGCUGACAAGUAUAUUGCUUCUAUUGCAAAUAUGUUAAACUUCUCCAAUAAUGUACUCAAUAAUGAUGGAAAUGUAAGAACUGUUCUGGAUGUUGGCUGCGGAGUUGCCAGUUUUGGGGGUUACCUCUUAUCAUCCGAUAUGAUCACGAUGUCCUUGGCUCCAAAUGAUGUUCAUCAAAAUCAAAUACAGUUCGCCCUAGAGAGAGGUAUUCCUGCCUAUUUGGGUGUUCUUGGGACCAAGAGGCUCCCUUAUCCGAGCCGAUCUUUCGAGUUCUCCCAUUGUUCCCGUUGUAGAAUAGAUUGGCUUCAGAGGGAUGGUAUUCUUCUUCUUGAGCUCGAUCGGGUACUUAGACCAGGAGGUUAUUUUGCAUAUUCAUCACCUGAGGCGUACGCACAAGAUGAAGAAGAUCUAAGAAUAUGGAAAGAAAUGAGUGCCCUUGUCGAAAGAAUGUGCUGGAGAAUAGCUGCAAAGAGAAACCAAACGGUUAUUUGGCAGAAACCUCUAACAAAUGAUUGUUACAUGCAAAGAGAACCUGGUACCCAACCCCCUCUCUGUCGUUCUGAUGAUGACCCUGAUGCAGUUUGGGGCGUGCAAAUGGAAGCUUGCAUUUCACCUUACUCUGAGCACGACCACAGGGUCAAGGGCAGCGGACUAGCUCCUUGGCCAGCUAGAUUGACUAGCCCUCCGCCAAGACUUGCUGAUUUUGGCUAUUCGAAUGAUAUGUUUGAAAAGGACGUGGAACUCUGGAGGAAGAGGGUGGAUAACUACUUGAAUAUCUUGAGCCCAAAGAUCCAGUCAGAUACCAUAAGGAAUGUGAUGGACAUGAAAGCAAACUUGGGGUCUUUUGCUGCUGCACUUCUUAAGAACAAGGACGUAUGGGUUAUGAACGUUGUCCCAGAAGAUGGACCAAAUACAUUGAAGGUGGUAUACGACAGGGGGCUGAUAGGCACUAUCCACAGCUGGUGCGAAGCCUUCUCGACAUAUCCUCGGACAUACGAUUUGCUUCAUGCUUGGACCGUGUUCUCUGACAUUGAGAAGAAGGGAUGCAGUGUGGAAGAUCUUCUGUUGGAGAUGGAUCGUGUGAUAAGGCCCAGUGGUUUCAUUAUCAUACGCGACAGGCAAUCGGUGAUAGAUUACGUGAAGAAGUAUAUGGUUGCGCUGCACUGGGAAGCAGUAGACUCCUCCGGCACUGAACAGGACCAGGAUGGUGAAGAGGUUGUCUUCAUCGUCCAAAAGAAGCUGUGGCUGACCAGUGAGAGCCUUAGAGACACAGAGUAGUAGGAGGAGGGACAAGCCCCUUCUCAGUAACUCCAACACUGAAAAUAUUUUUCGAGCAGAAGGCUCCAGCGUAUGGGGAGGAAGUGAAGAAGUAAGUAAGAAGGCCAUAGUGCUGUGAGUAGCAAAGACAGGUUUUACAUUUUGUAGCAGGAAAUGAAGUUCCACCCACCAUAUCCCUCUUUUUUAUGGUUUUUGUUCUUUUGGUCCUUGUAAUGAUUCUUCAAUUUGAUAGCAUGGAACUAUAAGUCGAUAGGGGCACUAUUCUUCAGAUUGGUCUUUUUUUUGCUGUUUGCGUUAAUGAAAGCAAGAAUAGUUACUGGAAACCUUUAUUACUUGAAGUAGUCAUGAGUGAUAAUGAAGUUAGUACAGGAAUGAGUAAUGAUCCAAAAUUCCAAAUGACGGUGUUGGGUUUUCUUACACUCUCGCUAUUCGCCAGCUCAUUCCAAUCUAGUGCCAGUGAAGGCUAAUAAGUAUGUAACUAAGUGGUCCCUUUGCACUGCAGAUGUAGUUGUGGGAACGGUAAUUGUCAAAACAUUACUGUGGCGUGGAUAGUGAUGGCAACCUGGCUCACGCAACUAGGGGUGGGCAAACGGUUCGGUAAACCCGAACUGAAACCGAAUUAAACCGAACCGAAAUCAAAUUAAUGCUAUUCGGUUCGGAAUUGGAAGGAAAAUAUGGAUAGAUCGGAAAUCAGGGUUCUUUCAAUCGAACUGAAUUUUCGACCGAAAAACCGAAAUAUUAUAAUUGCAAGCUCCAAAUGGUGGAUUUUUAUGUUUGUAGUUGUUUUUAGACUUAAAUAUUUGAAAUGUUUUAUGACUUAUGUGUUGAAAAGUUUGGUUUUAUCAUUGAUGAUGCAUAUAAUUGAUAUUUAUUGUUUAUAUUAGGGGUGAAAAAUAAUUUAAAAGUGAGAAAAUACAAGUAGCUUCACAAAUUCGGUUUUGUGUGAAAAACGGAACCGAACCGAAUUAUAGUUCGGUUUAAACCGACCAAACCGAAUUAUAAUUCGGUUUGAAUUUGGGUUUGGGAGAAUUCGGGGACCCGGUAUUCAUAAUUUCGGUUCUGUCGAAACCGAACCGACCGAAUGCCCACCCCAACGCGCAACCCGAUAUGUCUAGAUACAUUUGGACGGGUAUUACUCGAUUUAGAGUAUUGUGAGGUGGGACGUCAGUACUGCUUCUCACUCGUCUUGCCCUGUCCUGUUCUCGAUUCGUUUUUUUUAAUAAUUUGCCUUAAUAUCUAUCUAUAUGUUUUCUCUUUUGAUUUUUCUAAACUCAUAUUUUCAUUCAAAGAAAUUUUAUGACUACAUCGUUCUAUUAUUUCGACUCAAUUAUUUCUUUUAUUAUAUUUUCAUUCAUUUAUGAAAAAAUUUCUCAAUAUUUUCUCAAUAAAUCGAUUCACUCCGUUUCGUAGCCACACGAAUAUUACGCAAUGUCUCAAUCCAUGACUUAUAUAGAUUUUGAGAUGUACCCGCUUCGUUCCAUUGACAUCGCUAGACGUGGAGAGUGUAGUAAAGUGAAUGAAGAAAAGAAAUAAAGUGCCAAGCAAAUAUAUUAACACAUACAUUCAAACCGCCUUGGCACAUGCAAAUGUCCCUUUGAAUUUGACUCUGGGAACCAUUUAUUAAACAACCUUGAGGUGUUUGUUAUUCUUCUUAUCAAGUUUGAUUCUUACGGCAAUCCAAUGUUCCUUUGCUCUCAAGAAAAAGUAUGACCAUUUCCAAGGGCAACAAGCCUAUUCAUCAGAAUCCCAUUGCCAGUCUUGUUCUACAAUUUCACAUUUUUUUUAAUGAGAUUGGAUAUAGCAGAUCUUUAACAUCUAUAAAGAGGAUAAUUUUUUUAGCAGUAUUUGUAAAACUGUAUCGUAUCGAUAGCCCGACCGAAUUUUUUUUCUAUCCGAGUUUAAAUAAGUAGGCUGGUUUUAGGGUUAUACAGCCUCCGAUAAAAUUUUACAAUCCUU